AAACGAUGUAGUCAAGGAACAUCAUGGAACUCAUAACUACAAAGAUUGUAGUCGCGGUGUUGUUCGCCUUGGGGAGGUUCUUUUUCGGGACCCUACCGGUGAAGUUGUACCACUUUCUUCGCCGCUGGGAAGAAGAAGAUGACUCUCCUAAUUUUGUCAACGAAAAACGUCACAAUCAAGUUAACUGUGCCAUCGCCAUGUGUCAAUCUUUUGGGGGUGGUGUACUGUUUGCGACAUGUUUUUUGCACAUGAUGGUGGAGGUUUUUAAAUCAGUUGAAGACAUCAAGAAACUCGAGGGUUUUAACACUGACUACCCUUUAUCGCAAAUAGUGGUAACAAUAGGAUUUUUUUUCAUAUAUUUCCUCGAAGAAGGCUGUCAUUGGUACAUAGCCAAACUACCCGCCGAACCAUGCCCAUCACGACAACAAAAAAACAACAACCUAGGCAGCAGAACCAUAACACCUUUAAUCAAAACAAAAGUUUCACCAAGCAUGGAAAAAGAGGACAUUUUUAUAAUUCAAGAAUCGAAAAACCCAGAAGAAAUAACGCAUGUGGAACGCAACGAAGAAACGCUCAGCAUCUCCUCUUCAGUUGAAAAAGAAAACAAGAAAAAUAUCACACUCAGUCAAGAAAUAGAGAUACCAGAUGAUUUCGAAGGCAAAAAAAAUCAAAGACAAACGGAAAUAUUACACGAAUUCGAGAAAAUAUUUAACAGUGAUUCAAAAACCCAGCAGCAAAUAGUGCGUUGUAUUUUCAUAGUGAUGGCUCUAUCAUUACACGCGAUUUUCGAAGGCCUCGCCAUCGGUUUACAAAACGAAAUAGCCACUAUAUGGUACCUAUUCACUGCAGUGACAAUACAUUCAGCCACCAUAUUAUUCUGCAUGGGUUUGGAGCUAUUAAUAGCAAAAACCAAAACAAAAACAAUUAUUCUACAAAUGCUUUUACUGGCGGCAACAAGUCCUUUUGGGGUUAUUAUCGGUCUUCUAAUAACUUUGAAAGCAGAUAUGAAUACAAAGGCCAAAUCGGCUGCAGUAGUGAUCCUUGAGGGACUCUCCACAGGAACAAUACUUUACAUAACCUUUUUUGAAGUUUUAAACCGUGAAAAAGCUAGGAGAGUCUAUAGAUUAUACAGGGGGAUAUGUAUCAUGGGAGGCUUCACAUUUAUGGCUCUUCUACAGUACUACGAAAUCCUAGAGAAAACCUAA